AUGUCUGACGAAGUUCAGUUUUUUCUUUCGCUUAAGGACGAGCUACCACUUCUUAUUUUGCGUAAGUCCGGGCAGACGAUUGCGGUGACAAGGGACGAACCGUCUGUGGGGUCUAUUUUGCCCUUCUCUCCGAGAGUCUGCGACUUGGUGCGAGUUUCCGACGAAGAUGUGUUGCGAAAGACAUAUGAGGACGGCUAUUUCACUGCUGUGGCGAGGGACUGGCGCAUAAAGGCGAAGGUAAACGUUUCCCUGGACCCAAUCGAGGAACGCACGCACUGGCUGUUGUUUCUGGGACGCAACAAAGGUACGGCGGAGAAGUCGAAGACGACAGUUGCCAAAAGCUUUAAAGGCACUGAAAAAGAUCUGCGUGAGGUGGUCAAUUGGUUGAAGUCCCUUUCAGUGGAGGGAUAUUGUGAGGUGUAUUUGGCAAGCGAGCCUUCCAUCUCUGAUUUGCGCGUCACAGGGGAGGUGGGCCGCCUUUGCCUUUGUCGAGGGGAUGAAAGGGUGAAUGAGCAGGUGUUUUUUGGUGACUCCAUGGACGAAAUUGCGAUUUGUCUUGAGGAGCUCUUGAGUGUAUUUUUUUUUGAUUGCGUGAGAGAGGCAAAAGCCGUCUUCUGGCCUCCGUCACUGGCACAUCCGCUGAAUAUUCACUACGGCGCGAGGGAGAUGCGUGUGGCGGAGCACAAUGCGGCCUUGCUUCCCAUGCGUCCGUUGCUACACUUGGGGCAGCGGUACAAAGAGUGGCCAAUGACAAUAAACCUGCCAACUGUCCUUGCUGCCAGUGUACCUCGCACGGGGCAGUCUUGGGAGAAAAAUCUUAUCUGCAAUAUCCACGCUCAUCUCUCAACAAAUUCAUUCAUUAAUGGAGGGGAAAAAUCUGUUGUGAGCGGUGCCUACGACUAUUACCACUACCGCGUGGAUGGGUUCAAAGAUGAUGGAUGGGGUUGUGCUUAUAGAAGUCUACAGACCAUACUGUCAUGGUUCCAGCACGAAGGAUAUAUGAAUGAGCCAAUACCAGACAUUUGCGCCAUUCAGAAUAUUUUGUAUGCAAAAGACCCAGAUAAAAUGAAUCGCAAGGAAUUUAUUGGAUCAAAGGAAUGGAUAGGAUCUUUUGAAGUCAUGAUUGUGAUACAGCACUUCCUCCCAGGUAUGGAUUGCAUGAUAAGGCGUAUGGAAAGUGGUUCUGACCUGGAAACUGAUCCGUCCGUCCAGCAAACUCUGGUGAACCACUUUCGACAAAAGAGGGCGUGCCCCGUCAUGAUUGGUGGAAGUAGCUACGCUCAUACAAUUCUGGGCGUUGAUGCAAAUCUGGCCACAAUGGAGGCGCGCUAUUUGGUGGCAGACCCACAUUACUCAAGUGGUGAAACCAGCUUGAAGACAGUUGUGAAGAAAGGCUACGUGGGAUGGAAGGAGGCGGGGAAGUUUUUUGAAUCCAACAGCUGGUACAACCUUUGCAUCCCACAGCUGGCAACCUACGAUCCACGUUGA